AUGAAGUCCUGCAAAUCUAGCAACUCAGCGGCGGCAGCGCGCGCCGCGCCCCCGUGCGCGGGCGGCGCGGAGUGCGCGGGUACAUGCGCCGGGGCCGGCCGGCUGGAGAGCGCGGCGCGCAGGCGCCUGGCGGCCAACGCGCGCGAGCGCCGUCGAAUGCAGGGACUCAACACGUGCGCGGGUACAUGCGCCGGGGCCGGCCGGCUGGAGAGCGCGGCGCGCAGGCGCCUGGCGGCCAACGCGCGCGAGCGCCGUCGAAUGCAGGGACUCAACACGGCCUUCGACCGCCUGCGCAGGGUGGUUCCCCAGUGGGGCCAGGAUAAAAAGCUGUCCAAGUAUGAGACCCUGCAGAUGGCGCUGAGCUACAUCAUGGCGCUGACCCGCAUCCUGGCCGAGGCCGAGCGAUUCGGCGCGGAGCGGGACUGGGUCAGUCUCCACUGUGAGCACUUUGGCCGCGACCACUACCUUCCGUUCCCGGGCGCGAAGCUGCCGGGCACGCACUGUAUGUACAACAAAGGGGGAGUAUAUGCUUCACCAGCGCCCGAACUACAGCUUGAUGACAUCAUCAGGCAUCCCUUUGGGCCUUUCUCGGUCAUGAUCUCCUGGAUCAAGCCCCCAUGAGACUCUGCACAGUGCAGAGGCUGCUUGAGAUUCUCCCUCUCUCUCUCUGCCUCUCCCCUACUCUCUCUCUCUCAAAAUAAAAUAAA